UCCCAGGGCUCUUCCUGGGACCCUGGGGAGGGCUGAGGCCGACCAUGCCCGGCCUGCUGCUGUUCGCUGCUGCGCUGCUCUCCAGUUGGGCUCAGCUCCCAGCCGAAGCCAGCUCCUGGUGGUCAUUGGCUAUGAACCCGGUGCAGAGACCUGAGAUGUUCAUCAUCGGUGCCCAGCCUGUGUGCAGCCAGCUUCCUGGGCUCUCCCCUGGCCAGAGAAAGCUGUGCCAGUUGUACCAGGAGCACAUGGCCUACAUAGGGGAAGGAGCCAAGACGGGCAUCAAGGAGUGCCAGUACCAGUUCCGGCAGAGGCGGUGGAACUGCAGCACGGUGGACGAAGCGUCUGUCUUUGGGAGGGUCAUGAAGAUAGGGAGCCGGGAGACGGCCUUCACCUAUGCCGUGAGUGCUGCGGGGGUGGUGAACGCCAUCAGCCGGGCUUGCCGAGAGGGUGAGCUGUCCACCUGUGGCUGCAGCAGGACAACGCGACCUAAGGACCUUCCCCGGGACUGGCUGUGGGGCGGCUGUGGGGACAACGUGGAGUACGGCUACCGGUUUGCUAAGGAGUUUGUGGAUGCCCAGGAGCGGGAGAAGAACUUUGCCAAGGGAUCGGAGGAGCAGGGCAGGGUGCUUAUGAACCUGCAGAACAACGAGGCGGGUCGAAGGGCUGUGUAUAAGAUGGCAGAUGUAGCCUGCAAGUGCCACGGCGUCUCUGGGUCCUGCAGCCUCAAGACCUGCUGGCUCCAGCUGGCUGAGUUCCGCAAGGUGGGGGACCAGCUGAAGGAGAAGUACGACAGCGCGGCCGCCAUGCGCAUCACCCGCAAAGGCAAGCUGGAGCUGGUCAACAGCCGCUUCAACCAGCCCACCCCCGAGGACCUGGUGUACGUGGACCCCAGCCCCGACUACUGCGUGCGCAACGAGACCACGGGCUCCCUGGGCACGCAGGGCCGCCUGUGCAACAAGACGUCCGAGGGCAUGGACGGCUGCGAGCUCAUGUGCUGCGGCCGCGGCUACGACCAGUUCAAGAGCGUCCAGGUGGAGCGCUGCCACUGCAAGUUCCACUGGUGCUGCUACGUCAAGUGCAGGAAGUGCACCGAGGUCGUGGACCAGCACGUCUGCAAGUAGCGGGCCGCUCCCCGGCCGCCUCUCCACUCUGCCUCACAGAAGAUUAUAUUUUAUAAAUCUAUAUAAAUAUAUUUUAUAUUUGUAUAAAUGAACGGAUGGAUGAUAAAUAAUUAAAAGACGAACGUGGAAAGGAAAAGCUUAUUUAAGAGACGCUAGAGAUCUUUGAGGAUUGGACUUGGCUGGUUCUCCACUCCCAGGGGGUGGGAGAAAGGUGUUUCCCCUCCUCCAGUGGGGACUCUCAGGACGUAGGGACUUGGGAAUAUUCGCUGUCUGUCCACCAUGGCCUUGAGGAGAGAGGUGGUCAGAUGGAGAAGAUGAUUUUGUCUGGAAGUCUGGACUUUGUGCUGGGUCCAUGACUGCCCUGUCGUCCCAGCCUUUGGGCCAAGAGACCCCGUGGAAGGAGGCGGGAACUCCGCUGAACCCUGCAGUCUUCAGGGUCUCGCUCAGAAUGCUGGGUUCUGCGAGGGGGCCGGUGCCUUCCUACCUUUUCAUUUGUGUGAGUGGUUGCAGAAAUGCGGAGUGGUCUGAUGUCAUCUCUGACCCAUGAUUACAGAGGGACGCGCACGUCCCCGGGCCCAUCUUUCCAGUGAGAAUUACUCUUCCUCCACAGUUCACUAGCUCCUGCCGCAAGGUCCCUGCGCCAGGAGGAAAGGGGGCCCUUUGGCCUGACAUGCUAGGGACGACAUGGACACGGACUGAAUGUUGGGGCCUGAGCUGCGGAAAGCUGGGCGCGUAACUGGACUGAGUGAACGUUGCACUGUGCUUCCCCCCCCCCAGGGAGAGGAACCUUGUGAUGCUGCUGCUGUCACUUCCUCCGUCAGCGGAGGCCUCAUGAACGACAGGAUGUGUAGCUAGGUCAGGCUCGGCUGGCCUGGCACGGUCUCUUCAUCUCUGCCCCAGUUGCACAGUUGAUCUGACAUUAAACACCCUUCAUUGAAGUUUCUCUCCC